ACUGUGGUGUUCCCAAUAUAACUGCAGUGGACUGCCAGCUGGUGGGGUCCAGAGAGUAGGCUUUGUCCAAUCUGCUGGAGAAAAAAGUCUUCUAGCUUGCUCUAUCAAAAGUAGGAUUUCUGCAAAGGCUCAAAUGGAUAGCGAGAUGGCAGAGGAGGAUUCAGAGGAAGUGGAGAUUGAUUUAAGCGACUCCAAUGAAUCUCCAGAGCUCGAAAAAGAGGAGGAAACUCAGACGCUGUGGAAGGCCCAGCCCUCUGUGGAAGAAGAGGAAAACAUUCACACAUCCACGCUAGUGGAAAUCAGCGAUACCAAACCUUUGAUUAAAACCAGAGACCCCCGAGGAAUCAACGACUGUCUCAAGGUAACAUUUGAAGAUGUGAUAGCUGAGCCAGUGUCAGUGCGCAGUGGAGACAGAGUCUGGAUCUGGAGCAAUGCCCUGUUUGAGGUGUCAAGGGUUUGGCUAUACAGAAUCCUUACGGUGGUUUUGGCCAUUCCAAUGUCUGUUUUGUCUGGAGUGCUCUUCGCCAUCUUCAGCUGCUUCCACGUCUGGAUGGUUGGUCCCUGUGUUGAGUACGUCCUCAUCGGCACUCGAUGGCUGCAGAGCCUGUGGAAUGUCGUUCUGGGAGUGUUUGUCCUUCCUUUCUCCAGAACUGCAAAGAGAUGUUGUGGAGGCUUCAGCAUCCACCUGGCCGAGGAGUGAGACUCGCAGUCAAGAAGGCGUCCACAAUAGAUUUUCUAUGAAGUUGUGAACGGUUUUAAAUUUCAUAUGAGAGUGUUGAUUGUUUACUCUUGCAUAUUUAAACAAAAGAAAAAAAACAUUUUUCCAGGAUGUCGUUAAAAUAAAUCAGAACAGUAUCUGUAGGCCCUCGUAAUCCCACUCUUUUUUUCUCUUUAUUUUGAGAGAGUAAUGUUGAAGUUCAGGAAGUAACAAUUUGCUUGGCAAAACAUCUUUAUUUGAUUUGUAAGAAGUAAAAAUAAAUGUUUGGGUGAGAUUUUCUAACUUUUAUAUGUAUUAAAACUGCUUCAAUUUUUUUUGUCAUGAUAAGACAGUUCAUUAUGUGGGAGUAUUAAUCAAUAAAGAUUCAUAAUCAACCAUUUUUACUUCAAAUUAAAGUAAACAAAUAAAGCAUACAUGAAUACAAUUUGUCAUAGCGAACGCCUUAAAACGUUUAACAUUGAUACCUUAAGACUUUUUUUUAGGAUUUGCUAAUGUGAGACAUACUAGACUAAAUUUUCUUUUAACAUCACGGGUAAAUCCUUCCAUUUGUCUAUUAAUGCUUUUCUUCAUGCUUUUCUUACUAUUCAGUGAUCAGUUAUUUAUGCCUAGAACGACCAGAAGGGGGCGCAUGUGACUUAUCGAGUAAAUGCUCUCGAAGAUAAAA